CACACACAUGCUGAGGAAAACUGAGGGAGAAGGACAAACACACAGACACAGAGAGAGAGGAUGGUCUGUGGGGUGGCUUGCAACAGCCAGUCUGUCUAGAGCCUAGCCUUUUUACAUUUUAAUUCAAUUUGUGGACUCUGGAGCCAAAGGGAGAAGAGAAAGCCCUGUCCCUUCCCCCUUGCCUCAGCCACGGGAAGCACCUACACGGACUGAGCACAGGGCUAGGCCACAAGUCAUUAGUGCUCGGUGGGAAAGAACUGACAAAAGACUGGAGUAUGCGCUUAGAGUAGCUCCACUGGCUUCUGAGGCAUGGAAAGGAGGCUUUUUGGAUUUCUACCUCAUCUGUGCUCUCUAUUUUUGGAGCGGCUGAAUCAGAAACUGGUCUAGCCACUACCACAAAGGAUAUUGCUAAAGCCUAGCCCUCUGCAACAACAAACAAGGAAGAGAGGGCACUUCCUUGAGCUGAAGAUCAUUUUGAAGAGAGCCAGAGAGACUGGUUGAUUUAGUUAAACAGAGGGGGUAGAUGUAGCCACAGUUGAGACUUAAUAGUAGUUAUUUGUGUGCCUUGAUGAUAUUGGCACACAGUGAGCCGUGAAAAACAUCAAGUUGUUUUGCUAAUGGUGACCUGGAAGAGCUCUUUGUCAACCAGAAUGUUGUUGGUGCUCAGAGGAUUGCUGGAAAACCCGUCUCUUGCCUCGCUCUGUCUGUACCCUCACUCCCUCCGUGGCUGUAAGAGUGAUCUAGCAAAAACAAGACAUUGACAUUUUAUAUGAAUGUACUUCCAAAGGUUCUGUUUCUUGGCUGAAGUGUUAACCAUUCGACUUCUAUAAGACAACCGUCGGAGGACAUGGACCAAAGGAAAAAACACACAAAAAGAGUGAAUAAUUGAAAAAGGAGAAAGAAAAACAGGGGGCAUUGGAAGCCACAGGCAUGCAAAACAAAAGUUUCUAAAGUGAAAGGCUUAACUAUUUCCAGGUCAUAGUGAAAGGGGAGGAGACAAAACAGCUCUAUUGUUUUUUUUUUUUGGGGGGACAAACAUUCUACACCAUUUAUACUCUUCUAUACAUUAAAAGAGGGUGUGGGUAUUUUUCAAACAGACUAUUUUAUGUUCCGACACAAUUUGAGAACCAAAAAGCCAAACAAAUUAUUAAAUGAGAAGACAGAGAACCUUCAAAUAUUAAACUCUGAACAGCGGAGCACAAAAGAAAGUCAGAAAGUUUAGACAGCAGCAACCAAAAGCUUUGGCUGUCUCCCAUUCCUUCUGUGGUCUGCUAACCAAACAAUGGCCAUGGUGAGUGGGGGCUGGGGAGAUCCCAAUGGGGGCACUAAUGGGCUGGGGGAGAAGGGCUAUCUGAGGGGAGAGGAGGAGGACGGUUCGCCCCAGGCAGGGGGCAGCGACAUGGAGGCCGGGGACGAGGACAAGGCAUGUGUGGUGGACUGUGUGGUGUGUGGGGACAAGUCCAGUGGGAAGCACUACGGUGUGUUCACCUGCGAGGGCUGCAAGAGCUUCUUCAAGAGGAGCAUCCGCCGCAACCUCAACUAUACCUGCAGGUCGAAUCGAGAGUGCCAGAUUGACCAACAUCACCGUAACCAGUGCCAGUACUGUCGCCUGGAGAAGUGCUUUCGAGUAGGAAUGCGCAAAGAAGCAGUUCAGCGCGGACGUAUCCCCCCAUCACACUCCGGCCUCAGCCCCACGGGCACCCCAGUAGGUGGCGGUAGUGGCAUAGGAGGGGCCGAUUUCUACAACAACAAUGGUGGGCAGCCUGUGUCAGAGCUCAUCUCCCAGCUGCUGCGUGCCGAGCCCUACCCCAGCAGCCGCUACGGCCACCAGUACAACCAACAGGGCCAGGCCACCGGCGCGGGAGGGGCCGUCAUGGGCAUUGACAACAUCUGCGAGCUGGCAGCUAGGCUGCUCUUCAGCACCAUUGAGUGGGCCAGGAACAUCCCCUACUUCCCAGAGCUGCCUGUGUCAGAGCAGGUGGCUCUCCUCAGGUUGAGCUGGAGCGAGUUGUUCAUCCUGAACGCAGCCCAGUCCGCCCUGCCCCUCCACAUGGCCCCACUGCUGGCCGCGGCGGGCUUCCAUUCCUCGCCCAUGUCGGCCGAGCGGGUGGUGUCCUUCAUGGACCAGGUGAGGGUGUUCCAGAACCAGGUGGAAAAGCUGAGCCGGCUCCAGGUGGACUCUGCCGAGUACAGCUGCCUUAAGGCCAUCGCCCUCUUCUCGCCAGAUGCCUGUGGCCUGACAGACCCGGCCCACGUGGAGUCUCUGCAGGAGAAGGCCCAGGUGGCUCUGACAGAGUACGAGCGGAUGCAGUACCCCGGUCAGCCCCAGCGCUUCGGCCGCCUGCUCCUCCGCCUGCCCGCCCUCCGCGCGGUGCCCGCCAACCUCAUCUCCCAGCUCUUCUUCAUGCGUCUGGUGGGCAAGACGCCCAUCGAGACGCUCAUCCGUGACAUGCAGCUCUCCGGAAGCUCCAUCAGCUGGCCUUACGUCCCUGGACAGUAACCCCCAAAAGGAAGUCUCCGUCUGGGCAGUGACGACAAGGACCACAGGUUCCUCUGACUCAUCAGGAUCCAUCUGUGUGAUCCAAUGCUAGCGCCAGCUGGACAUCAUACAUGUUGUACUGCCUCCAUGAACUGAGCUCUCCAUACCAGCCUAGUGCCAGCUGGGUCUAUUGCCAGCACACUGGUGCCAACACACCUAUUGUGCACCAUUAUGGCAACCCAAGUCAGCCAUGCCAUCCGCAUGCCAUAGUGACUUACAUACACACAUUAAUGUCCCGCCAAUAGAGGUCACUGAAACCAUGCCUCAUUUUCCACAUCUCAUUGCCUUUGGUGCAAAGACUUUUGACAACUACAUCAGACCUUUGGUUGGGUUUCAAACCAAGACAGAGAUCACACUUGGUGAAAUUCUGGAGAAUUCUGGUAGAAAAGCUUCAUAUAUGCAAACACAAAAGUGGUAAGAGGAAAGGAGAAGGUGCUAGUGGCUGAAAUGGAACUGGGACAAGACAUGUCACCCAAAUCUUCAUCGUCCACAGAAAUUUAACUCAAAACUGAAUUGUCCUUAAAGCUAGAAUCCUUACUUGCUACAUCCAUUUUUGGACUUAUAAAUUAAUGAUAUAUAUACCCAUUUAUUCUGCAAGAAUAUAACUUAUAAAUGCCUCAUGAGCUUAGUUCAACACCAGAGCCCAAAAUAUGAGCUUGUUUGUAAAACAUGUAAAUGUAAACAAACACUGUAUAGCCUCAAAACAUCAUUAAAACUACAUUGUUAAAACAUACAUACAGU